AUGGCAAUUACCAAAAGAUUUGGGCUGCUCUACUUGUUGCUGGUGUUGAGCUUGUUCAUUCAAGAUUUUGCUGGUAAUGAUGUAUUUGUUUUGGCAGAAUCAAUCGACAGCGGACCCUCGCACAGAAAGCUGUUCUUGGAGCUGAAGAAGAUGGCUCUGAGAAACAGAGCCCAAAAGCUUGGCAAAACCGAGAUGACCGAGAACUGGGAACUGAGGCGGGUCCCCACAGGGCCCGACCCGUUGCACCAUAACGGCCAGGACCCGAAGAAGCCUCGUACUCCGUGA